AUGGCAAGCAAUAGCCCUCCACCGGGGUUGCGCUGGCGUUCCAAUACCUUCUUCAUCAUCGCAACUAUCGCAUUGGGCCUAUUCACAGAUCUCUUCCUGUACGGGCUUGUCGUGCCCGUCCUCCCUUUCGUCUUGCGAGAUCGAUUAUCCAUUCCGGAAGAUCAGAUCCAAUCAUACGUUUCAGGGCUACUCGCAGUCUACGCUGGAGUUCAGCUUCUGUUUUCAGUGCCCAUCGGAUGGCUUGCAGAUCGCACCAGGUCGAGACAGCUUCCAUUCCUGUGUGGUCUUGCAGCACUUCUGGCGGGAACUGUUUUGCUGGCUGAGGGUAGAAGCAUUGUUCUUCUGAUUGUCGCGAGAGCUCUGCAGGGUAUCAGUGCAGCGGUGGUGUGGACCAUAGGUCUGGCGAUGGUGUUGGACACCGUUGGAACCGAGAAUUUGGGCAAAACCAUGGGCACGAUAUUUUCGACGAUAUCCAUAGGUGAACUACUGGCACCCGUGCUUGGGGGCGUUCUGUAUGACCAAACAGGGUAUGGAGGGGUGUUCGCGCUCGCAACCGGGAUAUUGGCCCUCGACUUUAUUAUGCGACUUCUCAUGAUCGAGAAGAAAACGGCUGCCAAGUAUAACCUCUCGGAUGUGGCUGGUGCUACAAACCCACGCGAGCAUGGUACGAGGAACAACGGUGGCGAAGAAAGAGAGCCGACAGAGGAGGAUUCCUUACUUUCGAACAAGAAGGACGACACAUACAAGAUCGAAAACGAACAGAGCAAGUUGGUCAGAUCCUUCCCAAUCAUUUACUGCUUCCGUAACCCAAGGCUGCUCACUGCGAUGCUCUUAUCUUUCGUCCAAGCUACGCUGCUUGCUGUGUUCGACGCGACCAUCCCUACAGAGGCACACACACUAUUUGGUUUCAAUUCAUUAAAAGCUGGUCUUCUGUUCAUCGCUUUGGACAUCCCCUACCUGGUUCUUGGGCCACUGGCUGGAUGGGCCGUAGAUAAGUACGGCACCAAACUCGCAGGGGUAAUUGGGUUCGCCUACCUUGUCCCAGUGCUAGUACUACUUCGGCUCCCGACCGAGGGUCUUGCGACGGGAACUAAUAAUAUCAUAAUAUAUUGCGCAAUCCUUGCACUCAAUGGGAUUGGCUUAGCAGUUAUUGGUUCUCCUAGCUUCGUCGAGGCAAGCGAGGUGGUUCAGCGGUACGAUAAGGCCAAUCCGGACUUCUUCGGAGCAAAUGGACCAUAUGCUCAGCUGUAUGGAUUCAGCUCAAUGUUCUUCUGUGCAGGGCUCACCAUUGGACCUGUUGUUAGUGGUUCUCUUAAGGACUCCAUUGGGUACGGGAACACCAACGCGAUAUUUGCAGUCGUCUCGGGUAUGGCUGCUGUGCUAUCAUUCAUCUUCAUUGGUGGCAAACCGAGUCCACUCUCUCGAAGAGCUUAG